AGAGCCAAAGAUGUCGGCUCGGUCAUGUGAUCAGCUGUGUCCAAUCACAGCUGAUCACACAGAGGACAUAUACACUGAUCAUCAGGGCACUGAUGAUCAGUGUGCCCUGAUGAUCAGUGUAGCCCCAGCAGUGCCACCUGUCAGUGUCCAUCAGUGCCUUGUGUCAGUGCUCAUCAGUGCCUUGUGCCAGUGCCCAUCAGUGCCACAUCAAUGCCACAUAUCAGUGCCUACCAGUGCACAUCAAUGCCACAUAUCAGUGUCCAUCUGAGCUGCCUUUCAGUGUCACCCAAGUGUCAGUCAGUGCCACCUAUCAAUGCCAAUCAGUGCCACCUAUCAGUGCUGCCAGUCAGUGCCACCUAUCAGUGCCAGCCAGUGCCGCCUAUCAGUGACAGUCAGUGCCACCUAUCAGUGCCGUGUCAGUGCCGCCUAUCAGUGCC